GUAUGCCCCCUUCUAGACCCCAAAGUCAAGCCAUUCGUGCUCCAAUGGGACGAAGAGACACCACCCACAGUCACGACCACCAAUUACCGCAUCUCCAUCUCUAAACCUCUGAUGAAGGACCCAACGCUCCCCGCGCACGAGCAAUGCCCAGAGGGGACGUGGAUAUGCAAAACUGUGACGAACCGGCGGCCAGACCACCGUUCGGAGCCACCACGGAUCGUUCAGAUCAUACCUGUCGCGGGC